CAUGUCGGAUCUCCGCAAUUACGGUGAAAGCGCAUCACUAGGGGUCCAUUAAUUAGCGUCGCGUCGGCGAGCGUAACGACGCCGGGCGCGCGUGCACUUUCGAAUCGUCGGCAUGGGGUCGGACCGACGAACUACGUUGGCGAAAUGAAUCCGAUGGGGGCGUCGGUAGAUAGCAGGGGGGAGAGACGUUGGGGAUGAAUCGGCGAGGGUGGCAAGACUUGCAGUCAGUCGCGUCACGCGUUUUCCGUCGACAGCGUCGGACAGCGUUGUCGUGUUCGCGCGGCUAUAAAAAUCAGGCUCUCUGUCGCGGCAAUCUUCGGCUCCGAUUUCAUUUCCGAGAAAUAGCACGCCGUUUUUCGCGCCGUCACGUGUACAGGUGCGACCCCCUUCCCCCCCACUCUGGGGCACCAUCGUGCGCGCUCGACCGUAACCGGACGCGAUCGGCGCCGCGUCGCGUCGCGCGGCAACCUGUAUUAUCGAUCGCGCGAGCGCGCGUGUCUGCCGCGUGCCGCAGUCCCGCAUGUCGCGUUCAAGCUGAGUGCGAGCGUGGCCGAUACGGAUCGCGUGUGUAUGUGUAUGUGUGUGUGUGUGUGAAGGAAUUACUAAUUUCACUCUUUCUCGCAAACCUCAUCCGAGGUUUUACGCGAGCGCCGACGUGUCCGAACUGAAUCUGUUGUCCGUUGAGAUACGCGCCGUGUGUUUGUCUCCCGAUACAUCCCGACUGCGUCGUCGCGGAUUCCAUGCGUGAUUUGAAAUUGUAUGUACAUACCAGAUGAUACUACAGCCACGUGGUUGUUACUCGAGAAUACGUGAGAUCUGUUCGCGUUGUUUAAAAUCACGAAAAAUGUUUGUACCUAAAGUGGGAUAAAUGUAUAUUCGGCCGUUGAAAAAAGAAAAAUCGAAGGUAUAAAAAGUGUAAUGUAAACAGACCUACAGUUCCACACACAACGACCUAUCGGCGUGGAUGCUAUCGAAGUGAAUACUUCUAUCUGUUACUCGUUAAUUUUAGCGACAGCCAAAAUAGUUUUCGUUAUCCACGUCAAUAUUCUUGCCUCGCAAAUAAAACGCUGCAGCGGUAAAUGUUGUGCACACAAAUAUUUUCGUAAAAAUCAGAGUAUCAUGAAAAAAUCAAGAGACGAGAAGUUAGCCUAAUUCGAUCUACGUUUCAAUUUUUAAUAUCACGUGAUCACGGCGGGAGCAUCUUGAACGUGUCACGUGAUCCAGCCGACGAACUGAACUCUGUCGCGUGCCGGCCGGCAGUCCGUCCGCGGCGACGUUCAUUUUUUAUGGUUUUCGAUGCGAUUUUCGCGCGUGUGUUGCAUCGUCUGCAUCGUCUGCGUCGUCGAAAUCACGCGACUCCGCAUUCCGGGAUUGCCUGGCGUUGAAUGUGUUUGUGAAUUGCGUUCGUUCAAACGCAAUUGUGGACUUCGCUCGUCGUACCAGCUCGCAGCCGCACAUAAUUUCGAAAUACGCCGCCAGCGAGAUGCGAGGUUAUGACGCUGCAUUCGAGGAUGCACAUACCUUGUCGCACCUGUUCGUUUCUGGAUUAUCUCGUCAGCGGCGGAUGAUCUUUGCUGAUCUUACGAAAGGAAGCACGCGGAAGAGGGAGGAAUGAGGAGAUUCACCCGGUGACCUCGUGCCACGCACGGUAAUGCUACUGGCAAACGGUGCUUCUAUACCGACCAUCGCCGGCGCUGUCGAGGAGGAGGAGGAGUACGCACGCAGCGAGGCAAACAGCGUGCAUUACGAUGGAUACGUUACUGAUCACACCGAUCUGGCCUCGGAGGUCGAUAUCGACGAAUCCGAGUACAGACGGGAGCUGCUUAAUGAUAAAUGGCGAAUGCUUUUCGACAAGUUUGAUCCGGAGGGUUUUGGAGAGAUACCGCUGGAGGACUUUCUGACAGCCUUGAGAAGCCCCGAAUGGAAGGCAGAGAUACCGACGAAUAAACGUGACAUACUUCUAACCAGGGCGAAAGAGUCGCGUGUUGGGGCAGUUACUUUCCAGGACUUCGUCAAUGUGAUGAGUGGAAAACGGACUAGAAGUUUUAAGUGCGCCGUACACCAUCGGGAUCGUGAGGUCUGUUCCGAGAACGAUUUUCAUCUGCUCGUGCAUGAGCCACCUCUGUUUCGCAGGAUGGUCCGCAUGAUCGGCGAUGAAUUCCUCACGGAGGAGCGGGACCGAAAAUACUACGCCGAUCACUACACAUGCUGCCCACCACCUCUCUUCAUCAUCCUCAUCACCCUCGUAGAGCUUGCUUUCUUCACGUACUAUACAGUAGCGAUGGGUGAGGUGAAUCCCUCCGGGCCAGUGCCGAUCGACAGUGUCUUUAUUUACAGACCAGACAAGCGGCUCGAACUCUGGAGGUUUGCCUUCUACAUGUUCCUGCACGCUGGGUGGCUUCACCUGCUGUUUAACCUGGGGGUACAGGUGGUCGUGGGACUUCCCUUAGAAAUGGUUCAUGGAAGCCUGAGGAUCGCCGCGGUUUACAUGGCCGGGGUUCUUGCCGGUUCGCUGGGCACGUCGGUAUUCGACACGGACGUGUAUCUCGUCGGAGCGAGCGGAGGCGUUUAUGCUCUUCUAGCGGCGCAUCUAGCCAACGUCCUUCUCAACUACAACAAUAUGGAGUUUGGGAUAGUUCGGCUCAUCGGCAUCUUCGUCAUCGCCAGCGCCGACGUGGGCUUUGCAAUCUACGAUAGAUAUGCUGCGGAACAGAUGGGUCCGCCAGUGUCGUACGUCGCUCAUCUGACGGGUGCCCUGGCGGGCCUAACAAUCGGCCUCCUGGUACUGAAGAACUUCGAGCAGCGGCUGCACGAGCAGUUACUCUGGUGGGUUGCCUUGGGUGUCUACGCCGCCUGCACAAUCUUCGCGAUCAUGUACAAUCUGAUGCACCCCGACUAUCCAUGACGCGAGGUCAGCUUCGCGUACGGCCAACCGAGGCACACGUAACGCGAAGCUGAUCGCCCUUGGAAGAAAAAGAAGAAGAAGAAACGAAGGAAAAGAUGGGAGAGACCGUCGUCGAGUAACGACGGAGAUUUUCAAGUAUCCCGGACUCUCAAUAACACACUAAAUCGUGAGCUAAAUCGUUCCCGAAGCACCAAAAGCGAAGGAUACGUAAGGAACGAGAGUUACGCGACGGAGUCGACAGUUGUUCUCUUCAAAGAACGUAACUUCGAUCGCUUUCCGUGCGAAAAGGAUCGCGUAAUAGUUUCGUAGUACAUAUAUUUUCUUCCAAGCCGGCCUGUUCGCGCGCGACAGUCAAGAGAAGCGACGGAGCGCUUGUCGAAAAGAAGUGAGAAACGAGCGAGGAAAGAUAAUUUAUUGUUGAUUAAAAAAUUCUAAAACAAAUGAGAAAAAUUUUGAACGGAAGCAAUAACAAUCGGUAAAAGCAAACGCGAUGUACUUUUGGAAGAAGGAAGAAACGGGAAGAAGAAAAUUGAGCGAAUGUUCUCAUUACGUUUCAUCUUUCCUAUUUGAUAACACAGUAGUCCGCGUUUGUCCUGCAAUCCCGUGAAAGCUUCUUAAACGCAACGUGCUACUUCAUCAUGGAGGAAUGCGGGCAAUUUUAUGAACGAUGUAAUCAUAAAAAAAUCAACUUAGACUCGUGUUCUCCUGUAUCAUCAGCGGGACAAGGAAACGUCAUUGUAGGAAGAUGGUCAUCCUGAGCCACGAUAAAAUGUCUUUGCGUGUCGUUCUAGAGAGCGACGGGGCAGUGCACGAGAAAGUUACGGAUAAUAUUCUACUUCGUCGGUCUCCGGGAAAGAGGAAGUCGCGUGAUCGCGAGACUAGUCAUCCAAUCCCGUCGUCGCGCACUCUUCCGCAUUCUGAAGAAAAACCAAAGAAUCGAGCUGGAUUUCAAUGAAGUCGGCUGGCAAUCCGGGAAAAAUAAAAUUCUUCAGGAAGGAGGCAUUUCUCUGCCUUCUAUCCAAACCUGAACAAGAGGAAUUCUCUCUCAUGGCGUUCGUUUAUUUCCGCGUAAUGCUGGCCGCAGUCAUCCUCGGAAAAACCAAAGAAUCAUACUCGACUGUGUGGACAACGUUUGUUGUCCUUUGUCACGUUGCUGAAGAAGUUUCUUUGCUCGGUGACGAGAAGAGGAAAAAAAAGGAGAUGAUGAUGAUAGAAAGAGAGAGAAAGAAAUGGAACAACGGCGAAGUAAAGCAACAGAAGAGGUAAAGAGGAAA